AAUCAGACUCACCCUGAACAGAGAGAUCUACAGCACAGAGAUCCAGACAUGACACCUACGAUCAUCUCAAAGGAGCAUCUCCCUCUCAACAACAAGCUGAGAAAGCCAAGGGUGGAGAAGAUGCACAGAGAUCGUAUCAACAGCAGCAUCGAGCAGCUCAAGUGUCUUCUGGCUCCAGAGUUCUUCAAGCAGCAGCCUGAGUCCAAGCUGGAGAAAGCAGAUAUCCUGGAGAUGACGCUCAACUUCAUGCAACACCACAGUUCCAGUUCACAUGCUGUCAAUCAAGCCUUCUCCAGGUGUAUCCGUGAGAUUGUGCACUUCCUGUCCAAAGAUGGGAUGAAGACAGAGAGCCAGAGAAGACUGCUGAAGCACUUCCAGAAGCUGCAGACAUCAUGUGAGCAGAACAGGAGAGAAAGUGUCCUGCCAGACCAGAACACCUUCAAAGAGAUGAAUAUCAACAAGAGCUCCAUCUGGAGGCCUUGGUAGAGCCUUAAAGACUCAGACUGAACGUCUGCACUAGAUUUAGUGGACUAUUACACUUUCAUUUUGUCAUUUUGAAAAGAAAGUGUUUAAUGUUUCAGUUCAGAAGAGAUAUCUGUACAGCUAAGUGAAUCUUGAUGAUUCAAUCUUUUAUGAAGAUUUUUCUCUUUUAGAGAAAAUGUCUUUUAACUAUUUUUUAGUUAAAUUACCAUGAUGGCACACUGUGUUUUAGCGGUGUGUAUUAGUCUAAAAGUGCAUUAAAUUGCAUUUUUCAUAUCCUUUGGGUGUAAUAUUUCACCUUUGAGGUGAUGCAUUAUGUGACCGUAAAGUCAAAUCAACUUUAUUUUUGUUUCAUGUUGAAACAAGUUUCAUGUUUUGCAACUGGCGAAAAGCAUUUAUUGAUCUUUUUGAUCAUAUGCAAGGUUUUGAAAAAUGAUGCUUUUUUGAGCAUGUUUUAAUUUGGCCUUAUAAUAGGUCUUAACAUUUCUUUCAAAUUCGAAAGAUUAUCAGAAAGAUCUAAUCUGAACAACAUGUUACUCAGGUCUUGUAAGUGUGGCCAAGAGUUGGUCAGUAUUUGUAAUUAAUAUUGAUGAUUGUUUUCAAUCGUAUUGAGAUUUACAUGAAACCCGACUGGGCUUGUAUUUGUGUUUCUGAGGAAAUAAUAUACAUUUUGUAUCUGAAAACAUCUGAAAAGAUCAUGGAUUUAUUUUUCAAGAGGUUAUACCUCAUCUUUCUGUCAGUACCAUGUACUGUGCUUUUGAACUGCCUUUUGUAAGGGUAUUUAUUUCUUAAACCAUUGUGAAAAAAAUUUCACUGUGUAAGUGAAAUGUUGUUUCCUUCUGUGAAGGAAUUCAUUUUAAAACAUGAAACAAAAAGGCCAUUGAAUGU